CGAAGAUUGGGCUCGUAUCAAUGGUGCCUUUCGCUCACCACCUAUCCCAGUACCAUAGUGCAUCCCCGUGCGCACACAACGGCUCUAAGCUCGAGAUCGUGAUCAGGCGAGGAGAUUGAGCGAUUGACAACCAACAUUGAAGCCACAUAUCCGUUUACAACCGGACGUCUGGCGAGUUGCUAGCUCUAUACCAAUGCCCAAAUCGUUGGUGUCCAGGCUGCCGCCUGGGUUGCCCCUCAUCCUUCAAGCCCUCUCCAUCAACGCUCUUCCAGUUGCAGUCAUCAUCACAGCCUCUCGUUUCCUCUACAUUCACAACAAUGUGAAGAUCCCGACGACUCUUGUGGUACUGGCCGCGUUGGUCAGUAUCCCCGCUGUGUACGCAGCCCGUAUCAUAUACAGGAGCUGGAGCAUCAAACGGCGAGCCGCCCGCAUGGGAGCCGUGUUGCCACCGGUCUGGAAAGGGAAGUCCUUCGGUAGCUUGGACGUACUCAAGUAUGGCCUUGAGUUGGUCCGUAAGGGUUACCCCGGAGACGGCUUUUGGGAUAGGAUCGACGAAUUUGGCGGUUUGCACUCGAUGAAUGUCCUAUGGGACCUUGUCCAUAUCACGACGGAUGCUCACAUAUUGAAGACGGUGCUCGCGACGGACUUUCAAAGCUUUGAGAAAGGCGACAUGUUCAGGGAUACCAUGAACUCUGUGCUCGGCGUUGGGGUGUUCAAUGCGGAUGGCGAGCUUUGGAAGUUCCAUCGCUCCAUGACUCGGCCCUACUUCAGCCGCGAUAGGAUCUCGCAUUUUGAAAUGUUCGACCGUCAUGCAGAUCUUGCGCUGAAGAAAAUGAAGGAACGCUUCCGCGGCGGGCAUGCCAUCGACUUUCAGGACCUCAUCUCGCGCUUCACGAUGGACAGCGCUACGGAAUUUCUCUUCGGCAGCUGCGUCGACAGUCUGAAGUCGGACCUGCCGUACGCCUACAACGAUCCCCUUGCCCUCGGGAUCGUGCGGUCGCAGAGUGCGGCGGAUAGAUUUUCAGCAGCGUUUGCUGCUGCCCAGGAAGUCAUUGCGAUGCGGUCACGCAUAGGCUGGACUUGGAGAUUGAAGGAGCUUUGGACCGACGCAUCGAAAGAGCACAUGAAGGUCGUCGAUGAGUAUUUGCAGCCUAUCCUAGAGGACGCCAUCCGUAAGAAUCGCAACUCAAAUGGCAAGGGGCAAGCCGAAGCAGAUGAAAACGAGACGUUGCUGGAUCACUUGGUCAAGUACACAGAUGACUUCAAUGUGCUCCACGACGAGACAUUGAAUAUCAUGAUUGCCGGAAGGGAUACGACGGCAGCGACGUUGACAUUCGCGAUUUAUCUGUUGUGCCUGUACCCUGAGGUGUUCAAACGCCUCCGCGCUGAGAUCCUCGAGAAGAUAGGGCCUACUCAAAUGCCAAAUUUCGAUGACAUCAGGACUAUGAAAUACCUGCGGGCUGUGAUCAACGAAACGCUGCGAUUGUACCCCAUUGUACCGUUCAAUAUCCGCGUUGCUACUCGUGACACAACUAUUCCAAAUCCAGACCCUACCAAGCCACCGAUCUUUGUUCCUGCCAAAGUCGGUGUUGCGUAUUCGGUCUUUUUGAUGCAUCGCCGCAAAGACUAUUGGGGCCCGGACGCCUUGUACUUCGAUCCCGACCGAUUCCUCGACGAACGUCUGAACAAGUACUUCACUGGUAACCCAUUCAUCUUCCUGCCUUUCAACGCCGGACCGCGUAUCUGUCUCGGUCAACAGUUCGCAUACAACGAGAUGUCGUUCUUCCUCAUCCGCCUUCUGCAAAACUUCUCCCACAUGGAGCUUGACCUCAACGCUCAGCCUCCGGAUGCGCGCCCGCCGCCGGAAUGGGCAGGGGCCGAGGGCCAGCGCGGCGCGGAGAAGAUCGUGCCUAGGAUGCACCUAACGCUCUAUGUCCAUGGCGGCCUUUGGGUGAAGAUGACUGAAGCGGAGCGAACUGCGUGAGUGCGAGCGUGUGGAAUGAAGACUCAGACUGCGAAGAAUAUCUUCCGAUACCGCUCAGACGGUGACACUGCAUACUUGGGGUACUUUGAUCUCCUGUACGAUUAUGUUUCCUACCUCGGAUUAUUGUCUCAUUCUACUCUGCCGCGUUACAGCUGUCCAUAGGCUAUCACCCUUAUUUUGCCCACGUAGCCUACUCGGCGGUCGUAAGUCUAGGCCUUGAAAGAAUUUCAUUGAUAGUUUGCUUCGGUUGCGCGUACUGGUCAGAAGUCAACCCGAAACUCAUGUACAAUAUUGCUGGCGCAUGCUCCUCGAU